CUGGAUGCAUGACCACGCCUAAGAGGCGUGGCAGAGUCAUUUUAAUCCUUUUGCGUAUAGUUUCUGCUCUUAACGACUAAACGACACGAGAGAUGGACUACAAAGAACAGGUUGAGCAGGUUGUAUCCACCGCGCAAUUCGGAGAUUUGAUAGAGUUCUUGUACCCCAUUGGCUACUCACACUGGGGCGUGUACGAUGGAGAUGGAUACAUCAUUCACUUCUCGGUUGCCGAUGAAUCCCAGGUGAUGAGUAAGUUUAGAAAUUGUCUGCAGACUAUCUUCCCUGUUUGUGGUGAUCUUUUGCUUGGAGAAACUAAGAUAAGGCGUCAGCUUCUGGCUGAAGUUAACGUACCAAAGGGAGCUCGUGUUUCAGUGAGCAAUAACCAGCACGAUCUCGAGCCUUCACCUGUUGAUGAAAUUAGAAAACGACGAGAUGCUUUACUGGACAAAGAGUAUACUUACAAACUCUUCACACACAAUUGUGAGCACUUUGCCACAUUUGUCCGCUCCGGUAAAGCUAUGUGCAAUCAGAUUCCAGGGAAGCCCAAAAACAAGGAAUGUGUGGAAUCUACAGAAUCAUUUGGCUACCUAGUGCCAUCGAGUUAACCUACUGAACACCAAGAACUACAGAUUAUCAAAAUAAUAAUAUAUAUCAUGUUUGAUUAAGGAUGUUUCUCACACACUCAUUAAAUCAGUUAAGAUUCUUUUUUCAUGUCGGGGAAAAGGGUUCUUCACACUGAUCUGUUAUAGUAUAUAGAUUAGUGGUUUCUUCAGUGUGCCUGCAGGUCUUGUUUGGUCUCCUAGCCUUGUCAAGUUGGUCUGAUGGCUGGUUUUAAAAUGGUUUUGGGUUCAGGACAACAGCUUGGUUAUGCAGGAAGACCAUAUUAAACAUCUCCUUUUUUUUUAGCAAAUAUACAGUUAAAAUGUACAUUGAAUGUUUAGUAAAGCUGUUCACAUGUUUCUGACUGUCCUUUUCACAUUUCUAACUAAUAUGGCACUAUUACUCAUAUUACCAGUUUACACCACAGUUACAAAGACAUCAUUAAAUUGCUUGAUAAGUGCA